AUGUCACAAGAAAAUAUUCCAGACACUGCCCCAGUGGAGGGCGAGACUAAUCUUACAUUCGGACUCGAACUCGAAUUCAUCUUCGCUACAGUGGAUGCAGAUAAGCCUGAUCCCCAUCCUAGAGAUCCUCGCGAGGUUGAUGGCAAGAAAUUCCCUGAUAAAGAAGCUAUCAAUCGCGAUAUCCUCAAGAAGUUGACGGCAAUUGGUAUACCAGCAGUCAUUACGAGUAAUGAUAUGACAGAUGAGGAGUCCAUAAAAUGUUGGAUUUUGAAAGAAGAUACAACUGUUGGCGAUGACACUCUCAGGCCUGCUGAAAAUAAGAGCAAAAUCUACCAUAGAAAUGGAAUGGAGAUAACUUCUCCUCCCUAUUAUUACACUGAACCUGCUCGGAAUGCGAUCAGAGAAGUGUUGAGGACGGUAAGAGGAAACUAUAGGGUAUGUGUUGAUGAGACCGCAGGUUUACACGUUCACGUAGGUAACUCGUUCAACGGCUUUCAAUUCCUAAAACUUCAACACCUUUUAGCUAUUGCGUAUACAUAUGAGCCACAAACAGAAUUGAUCUUUUCACCAGAUCGUGUAUCAGGUGACUGGUGCCCUCCUUUUUCGAAAGGUCGUUUUGCUAUGGCGAAUCCUGACCUCACAAGAGUCGAAGUUCUUGAAAAGAUACUAGCAUACACCGAUAAUGAGUCGUUGAUUGAAGAUUUUGGUGAGUCAUUAAUGGCAGGUCGGCUCGCGUUCAACAUAGAGGGUCUAAAAACUCCUUACCAAGAUGGGAUACGCACCAUUGAAUUUCGACACCACCAUGGCUCUCUUGAUCCUCAAGCUAUUCUCAACUGGAUACAUGUGUGUAUUAAGUUCGUGGAAAAAGCAUGUUUUGCCAAACAUGAUGAAUUGCUGGCGCAACUACGACAAGAUGUCGCAAAGCCGAUCGGCUUUGGUGAAGGACAUCUUAGUACGAUUGACUUCUUCAUGUGGCUCGGUUGCCCAGCGCAAGCCUAUUACUAUUGUGCCGACAUGGUAACUGACAAAGAUGCUUUUGAACAGAGAACUAAAGAUGAUGCAGCACGUCAUGAAAAUUUCGUCAACUGGGCUCGCGCUCGUCUCAUCAAUCUUGCGAAAAAUGCUGAGGAGAACAAGGGAAAGGAUAGCUCCAAAGAAUCAGAGCCAACUACGAGUAACUCUGAAUCCACAGAUGACAAUGAAGCUGAUCAGGACGAAGGCAGCAAUAGUGGCAAAAAUUCAUCCAAUUCAAACGAGAAUGAGUCAUGA